GGAGGAGAUCUAUUGAUUGAAAAACUUAAUUGAUUACAACGUGGUCAAGUUUUAGUGUAAAUGCAUUAAACUAACAGUGAUAGUAAAGCUGUCAACAAAAAAAUAGUGUUUUUCGCCGUAUUCAGUCCUGCACGUGAACAGGUGGCCGCCCAGAUGUGACAGCAAUUUUGAUAGGCUGUGUCAUGUCCUUAUUGUGUACAUAUUGUAAUGGCGGAAACAGUUGACUAAAUCUAAAUGGGAAGUGUAACUUCUGCGUUAACUUGAAUUAUAUUCGUCGAGUUUCUUUCAUUUAGGUACUGAUGAUUGUAAGAACUAACUAGUAACUAAACAAUGUUUGAUUUCUAAAGGUUAUGAUUAAACCAACGUCCAAAGAACCCCAAAAGUGUCAAAAAUCGAGAUCUCUUUAUCUUGACUCACCACCCUUCUCUUGAGUUUAAAUUGGAUGACUUGAUCAAGAUAUAAUAAUAUAUUAUAAAUAUAGUUGAUACUUAUGAAAUGCAUGAUAACAUGGGCAGUAAUAUCAAGUUGCUUAGUGGAUGGGUUUUAUAUGGUACCCUGCAUUUAAUUUCUAAUAUACAACUUUCACUGAAAAGACCAUCCACUUUUGUAGAACUUUGAAAUAAUAAAAACGACUGUUGUUAUUUCGACAGUGUCAAUGUCACUGAAUGUGAAACCAAUAACUGAGUAAGUUCGGAAUUAAGCCUGUUGUAAUCAAUUAUUUAAUGAAGUGAUUGGUAAUUGGCAUUGAUAUCCAGAUAAAACUAUAAAAGGCAAAGAUAGAUAGGAUUGUAAAUUUAAAUAAUUGGAAGGUAAAGCACAGGAAUCAAAAUGGAUAAGAAAGACUCAAAAGAUAAAAGAAAUAGUUUUUUUGAUAAAGUGGGAGGGACAUUUAGAAUGGGUAAAGAAAGAAAUAAACCAAAGAGUGUAUCCAGCUAUCCUAAAGGUGGUUUUCAAGAUGAUGAUGGUGGUUUUACACCAGAUCCCUUUUCACAGAUGACUGAUAAAGACAUAAAUGAAAAAUUUGAAAAACUGUUGGAUGACAUGAAUUUAACAGAAGAGAAAAAGGCUCCAUUAAGACAGAGAGACGUAAAAUUAAAACGUUCAAUGCUUUCUAUGCACUACAAAGGGGCCACUAAGCCUGAUAAAGAAACACCACAAGAAUUUAUACAAGAAUUACAAAAUGCUGAUUUAAAAGGAGAUAAAAGAUUGCGAGUUUUAGAAUCAUUGCGUGUUUCUUUAACUAGUAAUCCUGUCAGUUGGGUACAAGAAUUUGGAGAAAAAGGAUUUAAUGGAAUAUUAAGAAAUUUAACAUACUGCUGUGAUUCUAAAGCUGAAAGAAGAAGUACAUACGAGUGUGUGCGGUGUUUAAAGGCGUUUAUGAACAACAAGUUUGGUUUAUUACAAAUAUUAAACCAUGAAGAAGCCUUAAUAAUAUUAGCUCGUACCAUAGACCCGUCUGAUCCUGCUACCAUGUUAGAAGCUGUCAGAAUAUUGGCAGCUUUAUGUCUAGUCCCUCCUAAUGGUCAAGAGAAAUCUUUAGAAGGAAUAACAGUUUGUGGAGAAAUUAGAAGUCAAGAUAGGUUUAUACCUAUAAUUAUGGGUUUAGGCAUGAGUGAUAAUCUACCCAUGCAGGUAGCCUGUAUGCAGUUAGUAAAUGCCAUUGUUAGUACACCAGAAGAUUUAGAUUUUAGAUUACAUUUGAGAAAUGAAUUUAUGAGAACUGGUUUAAAUCAACUUUUAACUCAAUUAGAAAAAUCUAUUGAUAGUGAAUUAAAGACACAUGUAAAUAUUUUUAAUGAACAUAAAGAAGAAGAUCAUGAAGAGUUUUCACAUCGUUAUGACAAUAUUCGUUUGGAGUUGGAUGAUCCUGAGGCGUGUUUUAAAAUAAUAAUCAAUACAGUAGGAAAUACAGUAGCUGAACCAUAUUUUUUAUCAAUAUUACAACAUUUAUUAUCUAUCAGAGAUGAUACAUACUCCAGACCUCAGUAUUAUAAAUUAAUAGAAGAAUGUGUUACUCAGAUAGUUUUACAUAGAAAUGGUGUAGAUCCAGAUUUUAAAACACAGAGAUUUGAAAUAGAUGUAGAACCUUUACUUAGCAAUUUAACUGAAAAAUUUGAAGAUUCCGAGCUAACAGGUGGUGGAUUAAGUGCUAAAUUAGAAAGUGCUCUAACAUCUAAACAAGAAGCAGAGGCUAAAACAACAGGUUUAGAAGAAAAAUUAAAACAAUUAGAACAGGAAAAUACACAAUUAAAACAAAAGUUAAAUGAUGGAAUAGGUGCUGUUGUUAGUUCAGCUAUAUCUAAAGGAGUGCCAGGAGCCCCUCCUGGACCAGGAGGAGGUCCCCCGCCACCACCACCUCCACCUGGACCAGGAGGAGGUCCUCCACCACCACCACCACCACCGCCCCCAGGUGGAGGUCCACCACCUCCUCCACCACCACCAGGAAUGGGGGGGCCCCCUCCUCCACCAGGCGUCCCUCGUCCUCCUGGUAUGCCAGGUAUUCCAGGCCCUCCAGGUAUACCAUCACCACCAACUAAUGUUUUACCAUUUGGAAUGACAAUGAAGAAGAAAUACUCAACAAAUACGCAAACCAAAAGAUUAAAUUGGAACAAAGUUAAUGUAAGGAAUUUGGAUGAAGAGGCACUGUGGGUGAAGUUAAAUGAAGAAGAGUUGGAAACUGAGGCUUUAUUAAAAGGAUUAGAAUCGAAUUUUGCUGUGAAGGCAGCUCCUGUAAAAGAGAUUGACGGUGUGGAAGUAAAGAAACAAGGUAGAAAAGUGAAAGAAUUAAAAGUUUUAGAUGGUAAAAUGGGCCAAAAUUUAUCCAUCUUUCUUGGUUCUAUCAAAGUACCAUAUGCUGAAAUAAAGAGACGUAUCCUAGCUAUGGAUGAAGAAAAUUUAUCCGCUCAAGUUAUUGAUCAACUUAUUAAAUUUAUGCCGUCCCCAGAAGAAAUGAACAAAAUAGCAGCAUUAAAAGAUGAUUACAAUGAUUUGGCUGAAGCUGAACAGUUCUGUCUUACAAUGAGUAGUAUUAAAAGACUUACACCACGUUUAAAAUCUAUGCUAUUCAAAAUGGGAUUUGCAGAAGCUGUUGCAGAUAUUAAACCAGAUUUAGUAGCAGCAACUGAGGCUUGUGAAGAAGUUCUUAACAGUAAAAAGUUUGCUAAAUUAAUGGAAUUAGUCUUACUUGUUGGAAAUUAUUUAAAUGCAGGUUCUAGGAAUGCGCAAACAGUUGGUUUUGAUAUCAGCUUUUUAACGAAGUUGAAUAAUACAAAAUCUCAGGAUGGAAAAACCACAUUAUUAAACUUUUUAGCUGAGAUUGUUGAGGAUAAAUAUCCUGAUAUAGCUGGAUUUAUUGAUGAAUUAUCAUAUACAGAUAAAGCAGCACGAGUCUCUGAUGAACAGUUAACAAAAAAUUUAAAGGCAAUGGAAACGCAAUUAAAACAGUUAGAAAUUGAUCUGAAAAAUAUGAACAAGCAGCAAAUGGAAGGAGAUCAGUUUGCAAAUGUUAUGAAUAAGUUUGUAACUACAGCUAGAGAUCAGUAUGAAGUAUUAAACAAUAUGUACAAAAAAGUUGAUACUUUAUUUACUAAACUUUCUAAAUAUCUUACUUUUGACAACAAAAAAUACUCUUUAGAAGAAUUCUUCACAGAUUUAAAAACAUUUAAAGAAUGUUAUGUGGCAGCACAGAAAGAAAAUAUCAAAAUACGAGAAACCAAUGAAAAGAUUAGAAGAGCUCAAGAAUCACGAGAAAAAGCUGAACGUGAAAAGAAAGAUAAAAAAGCCAGACAGAGAGCGUUAUUAGAUAUGACAACAGAUGAUGACCAAGAGGGUGUGAUGGAUAAUCUACUUGAAGCAUUAAAAACAGGUUCUGCAUUUAGUGUUAAUCGAGAAAAACGUGAUAAUAAACGAAAGACUCCUAGAGCAGCUGGAGCGGAACGGAGGGCUCAGCUUGCACGCUCCAGGUCUAGACAAAACCUCCUCAACCUAGACAAUUCAACAGCCCGUGAAAUAAACUUUGAUGAUUCCAACAUGUCCAGUCUGGAUUCUCCUGUGAAAGUAACUCGCACACGGCGAUCACCUCAAAAUAAAGACGAUAAUGAAGGAUCUGAGGCUGAAAAAUUACUUGCUAGACUGAAACAGUUAUAAACAACUUCCUCAUGUUUAAACACUUCUGCUAUAAUAUUAUAUCCUGUUGGAAUGAUGCUUUAUGUUUAUCUGGUUGGUAAAAACGAUCAUUUCUGUUUGUUCAAUAGAUAGUUGUGAUAAUUUCUAUUUAUCCAGUGGGCAAUUAAAAUGACUUCUUUUUAUCCACUGGGUGUGAGUAAUUAUGAUCAAUUUGUAUUUAUCCAAUAAGUGAUUUCCAUUUAUCCAGUAGAUACUAAUGAUGACUUAUAUUUAUUCAGUGGGUAAUUAUGAUUUAAUGUGUUUUAACAUUCCUUACCAACAGAUUAUCAAUGCAUAAAUAUUUAGUGUAGUAGCUAAUGGCAUCUUUAAUAUUAAAAGAGUACCUUAUUAUAUAUUUUAUCUACCUACAUAUAAUACAGUAUCGAAACUGUGGGUUAUUAGGAUUGAUUAAUUGAUUUUAACACUGUGUGACUAUAUAAUCCAAGUGAGUUGUGAACUUGUAAGUUUGCAUGUUGUGUUAAAUUUAGUUUGAAGCUUAUAAAAUCAGAUUGUAUACUUUAAAUAAAAUCAUAUGAAUAAUAUUCUGUUCAAUUUAGGUUGUGAUUUAUAAUACUAUUAAGUAUAUUUUUAUGAUUUGUUUUACUGCUGAAAAUGUUUGAAUGCAGUUUGCUUAUGACAGGCAAAACUCAUUAACAUUAUCAAUAACACGAAUUAGUUCAAAUCAAUCUCUUCUUUACAAUUAAGGUUAUUGAAGCAAUCACUUUUGAUGUUCUCUAGUUCAUCUUAAAUAUUUCCAAACUGUACAUUUUGAGGGUUUUUUAUGUUUUAUAAAGCCUGUCUUCCAAUGUAUCAAGCUCCCUUUAUUUUCUCUUCUGAAUAAUUUGAUGGGAAUUAUGUACAUUAUUAUGGAAAACCAAACAGUUCUUUAUUCAGUGUUCUUAAUUGAUAGCCCUUACUUCUUAUUUCUUCAUUUGUUGUUGUAUUUCAACAUUUGUAUACUAGAAUUAA